CCUGUUCAUCACAGGUGUCUGUUCAUACAGAGAAUUUCUGGCUGAGCUGAUAUUCACGUUUGAGUGCCAACAGGUUAUAACAACAAUGUUUACAUUGAUUUUUGUUAGUCUGUGCCUUCUGGGUUGUAACUUGCAUGUAGAGACUAAAUGCAUCCCCCAAACCUCAGAGUUUAAAAAGAAAGGAGAUUACCUGCUUGGUGGACUUUUUGAUGUUCAUCAUGUCAAUGGAACUCUUUAUUCAAACACCCCAGAAGCCGUCAUCUGCUCCAGUGAAGAGUUCACACUGUCAAGUUACCGGAGGUUUCAGAUGAUGAGAUUCUCAAUAGAAGAAAUCAACAAUUCUACCAGUCUGCUACCCAAUGUGACUCUUGGAUAUGAAAUAUUUGACCACUGCUCAGACACAAAGAAUUUUCCAAGUAUUUUCCGCCUGAUUUCUGUGAAUGGUUCAGUUCAACCUUGGACAGAAUCAGCAAACUUCUCAAAAGUGAUAGCAAUGGUGGGCACAUACACAAGCACAGCAACACUGGCUGUUGCACCGCUGUUCAUGAUGGACCUCAUUCCAAUGAUUAGUUAUGGAGCUUCCAGUUCAGUCUUCUCUAGAAAACAGAAUUUUCCAUCUUUCUUACGAACAGUGCAUACCAACAAAGAUGUCAUAGAAAUAAUUUGGAAACUUUUGGAAGAGUUCAAAUGGACCUGGGUGGCUUUCCUCUACAUUGAUGAUGAUUAUGGGAGAGAUGGCCUGAAUGUGUUUGUGAAAAAGAUCAACGGCACUAAAAUAUGUAUGGCAUACAGUCAUGGUCUCAGCGAGAACACAGAUUAUUCUUAUCUUAUUGAACAGAUGGAAUUACAGAAGGUAAACGUUAUUAUUGUGUUUACAACCGAGUGGACAGCUGAAGGUCUCAUUAAUUCUGCAAUCCAACAAAAUGUCAAAAACAAGGUAUGGAUUGCAGCGGAUGCCUGGUCUCUUCACAAAGAGCUCCCUAAAAAAGCAGGAAUCAGAAAUAUUGGGACUGUUCUUGGAGUUGCUGAACCAAAAAUAACAAUCCCAGGAUUCAAUGAUUUUAUUUAUUCUUUCAAAGCUCAAAAUCAGUGUGAAAGUGAAGAGCAAGAUUCCUUUUGUAACCAGAUGUGUAACUGCAGCAGCUUGAGUGCUGAAGACAUCAUUACAGCAGAUCCCUCUUUCAAUUUCCCUGUUUACUCUGCUGUAUAUGCCGUUGCCCAUGCCUUACAUGCAGUGCUGCAGUGUGGAGCUGACAGCUGCAACAAGGACAUUAAGGUUCACCCAGACAUGAUCCUGGAAAAACUCAAGAAGUCAAACUUCACUCUUUUAAACCAGACAGUUCAAUAUGAUGACAAUGGUGACCCCAAAUUUGGACCCUAUGCCAUAGUUUUCUGGAACGAGAGUGGUGAUGUAGAAGAGAUCGGCUCCUAUACAUUUCACCCAAUACCCAUCUUUAAAAUUAACAAGUCUAAAAUCCAUUGGCAUGGAAACGGAAAGGCAAGGUUUCCCUCUUCCUUCACUAGGAAAGGCUUACAGCACAUAGAAAAUUAUUCUUAAACUUUUAAGUCAAUAUAUGUAAGAAGAAGCACACAAUACAAUACAUUUACCAAUUGAUCUUGGCUUAUAAAGUAGCAUCAUUGCAUUUACUUUUACCUUUUUACUCAGCUAUUGCUUUAUAUUCUGGUUGUUUGUCUUGCA